AUGAACAAGAAGCUGGACGAGAAGAUCGCCAUUGCCGCUCAAAGCUACGACAUCGUAGACCACCAUAUUCGUCGCUUGGAUCGAGAUCUCGAGAGCUAUUCGGCUCUAGUAACGGCAAAUGGAGAGUAUCAGGAGGACAGUAUACCUCAACGCAAGAAGCAGAAGGUGGCAGCAGCCACCAGCGUGCAUCAAGUCAGUCAUACAGUGCCCAAUGUCAAUGUGCGCAUCAAAGAGCAGCACAAGUGCAGGCAUUGUCGACGAGUGUCGGUCGGUCAGAUGGUUGGUUGUGACAACGACGACUGCAAGUACGAGUGGUUCCACUUUGGCUGUGUGGGGCUCGCGGAUCAACCUGCAGGCAAAUGGUACUGCCAAGACUGCAAGGUGCAGCUUAUCAAGUAA